AUGUACUACAUCCUCUAUCUCGAUAGCCUCUGCCGCCGUCGCCGCUGGCCGGACCCUCUCUACGAAUCCUACACGUGUCCCAAUGGCUACACCUGCGUCGUGCGCGUCAACAACCGCGAAUACCAGACCGACACCGUCUGCGAAUCCGAGAAGCUGGCCCAGGAGAACGCCGCCAUGCGCGCGUACAUGAUCUGCCGCAACUUCUCCGUCAACGAUGGCAUGUACCCGGCCGGCCAUGACCACGGCGGGGUGCUCCAAGGCCUCCCUGUCGCCAUUGGCACGGGGCGGAAGACUCACAGCAACAGCAAUAGCAACAGCAACAGCAACAGUAAUAGCGACGAUACUGAUGCUUCCAGCGGCAGCUCCAGCAGCGGAAGUAGUCGAAGCGGCGGGAGCAGCCCCGAAAGCCACGACGGAGGUCGAAUGAUGAUGAUGGCUAGUCGGGAGCGACAUGUUGUUCCGUCGAGGGCUCUUACCUACGGUGGUCGUGGGAUGUAA